AUGGCAUUUCUUCAUCCACGCCGAAAGAUACACCACCUAUCGCUCUUCACCUCCUCUUCGCCUCACAGCCUACCAAGUCCCGAUGGCAAAUUCAUUGCAACACUGCUGCCAGCUCAGCUCAGAAUCAGGGCAGUCCAGACCUUGACCGUGGAGCGGAGGAUCAAGGUGCCUGCCGACCUUGCGGCCAGCACCACGACGUUUGUCUGGUCUCCCAAUUCUCAGAGACUUCUUCUCUCUGCAGGUGACGAGAUACACGUCUUCUCUGUCGUCGAUGACGAUUUCCAUGCGACUGUACGCAACCCUACCUCAUCCGUGGCCAAGUCAACUUUUGUAGAUUUUGGUGCUACGGACAGAGAGGCCUGCGUCUGCUCUGCCCAUGGCAUCAAGCUAUCACUAUUCAAUCUCGCUUCGGCCAAGGUUGUUGAAAUAAGCAAUCCCAAAUUCUAUGCUGCGUCGACCGCUGCCCGCGGCAUCUCCUACCGCCCCCUUACGCAUCAUCUAGCGCUGCUUACCAGGUCCUCGGGCAAGGAUUUUGUGAGUAUUCACACUGCCGAGUCGAGAGAGGUGCAGCGAUCAUGGAGUCCCGAUGUCGUAGAUGCGCAGGGUCUCUCAUGGACGCCGGAUGGGAAGUGGCUAGUUGUCUGGGAGUCUGCCGCUCAAGGUCACAGAGUUUCUUUUUUCACCCCCGACGGCCACAAGUAUCGGGAUUGGUGCGGGCCCCUCCUCCGUCCUGGCGAGACGCACGAACGCUGGGGUGCGGGUGUCAAGGUUGUCACCUUCAGCUCCGACAGCCAGUACGUAGCAAUUGGCGACUACGGCCGGAGCGUAUCCGUGUUGCCAACGGCAAAUCUAGCCCACGAAUUGCGGCUCUGCCACCCUCUCACCCUCGAGCCCAAGGACACGCUGCAGAUCUGGCAAGAGCAAUUCGACUUAUCCGACGGACAAGGCCCCGUUCAUCGAUUCGUCAAAGCUUCUCAACCGGUAGCUCCAGUCGCGCGAACAACACAGAGCGGACAUGAAUUGAAGACGGGCCCCCUAUUCAUGUUGUUUGACCAGUCUGCUACGCUAUUGGCCAUGGCUCUAGAAGACGCGCCGAGCACACUUUGGAUUUGGGAUGUAGCAGUAACUGAACUACGAGCAGUCCUCAUGUUCCAUGCCGAGAUUGCCCGCAUCGAGUGGCACCCGUCGCAAUCGGAACUUUUACUUGUGCGGUGUGAAGGUCAAGACCAUGCGGGUCUCGUGUUUGUUUGGGAUCCCCUCAGCGAUGGGCCAACUACAGUUGACUUCAAGUCCCAACUAUCGGCAGGUCAAAUAUGCGGGAAGCCGUCUGCGUACUGGUUGCGAGCCUUAUCAGGUUCACCGACCGUCUUCUUCACUGACGCACAAUCCUACAUGCUCGUCUCUGUGACAGACUCAGAUGAGAAUGAUAUGCCGUGGCUGACCCCAUCUUCAGUCGAUGAUAGCCAAGCUGCACGAUUCUCGUUGGGGUCCACUGAAGAAAGCAACAACAGAGAAGAUAGCGACAUGGGAGACGAUGAAAGCCAGCCCGAUGAUACUUUUCAUUUCAAGAGAUUUGGGGUUGAGUAG